AACAAAACGAGGGGUUAUUUAUAUUCGUAACAGGAGACUGUUGUCAAAUAAAUAAAUAUGGGACUUCAAACUUCAGAAUAUAGACGACAAUAUGUAAAAUUCCUAUUCACUCUUACUGCAUUUGCGUUCGGGGUCUAUUUUGGACAUACGAUCAUUGUCAGUUCUGUAGAUCCUAACUCCUUAGAAUUGCCGAGAUGCCCAAAAACAAAUACCCCACCGAAAACGGUCUAUGAAGCUCGACAGAACCUUGCUCAGAGUUUAAUGCAGGUUUGGGAGCUGGAUAAGGAUGAAGAAGCAUUCAAGCAAGGCGGAAAAUCUGCCCCUCGCUCCAUGUUGGAUUUAUUUAUAUCAGAGGUAGCAAAUAGUGAAGUGGGUAGAAGUCUCGGACCGCGCUGCAUAGACUGGUCCGCGAGCUACAUAAGCAGGUUUCCGGGUUGCGAAAAAAAUUAUAACUACGAGUACAGUAUGACACCUAAAUUUCGCGAAGCAACAAAUGACACCAUAGGCCUUGUGGAAGGUGAUUUGGGGGAGUCCAUGGUGCAUGUACCUACCGAGCUGCUAGAUUUUGCCAUUGUUACGCAAGUGUUCGAACAUAUACCAUAUUUCUGGAAAGCCAUGCCAAAUCUAGCACGUCUCGUUUCCCCCGGGGGCGUUGUUCUUUUUACAGUACCAUUUUCAUACCAAUAUCAUUUAGUUCCAGGUGACUUUUAUCGCUACUCACCUAUGGCUAUUAUUCAUAUGUUUGAAAGCAAUGGGUUUGCUGUUUGUCAUUUUGCGUCUGACGGUCUGCGAGCCCUUCAGAUGCAAGCAUUAGCGCUAAAUCUGGAGGACAUCGAAAAUCAAAACGAAUAUUUGAGCGAAACGCAAUCCAAAUGGUCGUUGACUGUCGGUGCUUCGAAUUAUUAUAUGGUCGCACAGAAACUAUUACCCGGGUCUGAUGUAUGCACUUUAGGUCACAUUGAUAAAAUAACAAAUGAACUGACCAAGAAAGAUGUUAUCGGCAAAGGGGGAUUCUGGCCAUUAAAAGUCAGUGGACAGGAGGCAUUCAGUGGAUCGUCGACGGUGAAGGGUUAAUAUGGCUUACACUGCUACCUUGAUUCGAUGACUUCGUCGUUGGUAACUCUAAUACUGAUUGUUUCCGAAGUAUUCAGCUGCAUAUUUCGGGGCUUAAAUAUCAACAUGGAGGCUGUUAUUGUUGGUCGGUAUUGGAGGGUUGGUGGGGAAGGUUGAACUGGCCAACAAAAACCUGUGGGUAGGAAAAGAUACAAUAGUCUCUAAAUUGCUUAGGGAUUCAGAAGGUAGGGGUGACCGUGGUCAUACGUAGAAGGGUAAAAUGUGUAUGCGUACGAGCAGUUCAAGUGCAACAAUCCUUACUUCCUAAACAGCCAACUUAAUAAUGUCCUAUGUCGCGAUCCGUGAACACUAGAAGAUUGAAUUUUGAUAUGGGUCAGACUUCAGGUCAGGCCUAAAGAUUUGCCCGCCACAAAAACAGUAUCGUGUAGCAUAGGUACUUUGUGUGUAUAUAAUUGUAUCGAUUGUGAGCAUGAUUAAAAGUGAAUUUUGUAUCUAUAAACACCACUACGUUGCAUGUAAUGAUUGUGUAGUUGUUAGUAUUGCCCAAAAGUGACAUCUAUACACAGAACUGGUCUUAUAAUGGAGGAUAGAGGUCAAUAAAUGUGAAAAUAGCGA